CCCUUCUCUCUUCCUCCUCCUCCUCUUCCUCCUCCUCCUCCUCUUAACUUGGCCACGGCGGCGCGGGGCGGUGCGCUUCGCCCUGCGCCGGCGACGGGGGAUGUGCGGGCGGCGGCGGGAUGGCUUCGGCCGUGUUUGAGGGCACCUCGCUGGUGAACAUGUACGUGCGGGGCUGCUGGGUGAACGGGAUCCGGCGGCUCAUCAUCAGCCGGCGGGGCGACGAGGAGGAGUUCUACGAGAUCCGCACCGAGUGGUCGGACCGCAACAUCCUCUACCUGCACCGCAGCUACUCUGACCUCGGCCGCCUCUUUAAGCGGCUCCUCGACUCCUUCCCUGAGGACCGGCCCGAGCUGUCCCGCUCCCCUUUGCUCCAAGGGCUCAUCACAAUAAAAGAAGCCCAUGAUAUAGAAGCCAGACUUAAUGAAGUGGAAAAGCUUCUGAAGACUAUUAUAAACAUGCCCUGGAAGUAUUCAAGGUCUGAAGUUGUCCUCACGUUCUUUGAGAGAUCUCCUUUGGACCAAGUUCUGAAAAAUGACAAUGUCCAUAAAAUUCAGCCAAAUUUUCAAAGUCCAGUUAAAAUAUCAGAAAUCAUGCGAUCAAAUGGAUUUUGUUUAGCCAACACUGAAACAAUAGUCAUUGACCACAGUAUACCUAAUGGAAAAGAGAAGCACCUGGAUGUAGAUUCAGCAGAACAUUUGUUCGAAAGUGUUAGUGACUUUACCUCAGAGCUAGAAGACAGUGAUGACCCAACAGCUUAUGUCACCAAUUUGACAUACUACCACCUGGUUCCAUUUGAGACUGACAUUCUGGACUGAGACUGCUCAAGGAUGCAGUCAGCCAGCAUCCAGCCAACCUCUUCAUCUAUAGGCUCUGCUAUCUCUGGCAUUGCAACUCUGUGAAUAAGGCUGUGCAGACAAGACCAACAGCAGAGAAGCUGCAGCAAGUACGCCACAAAGCUGAUUUUGUAGUGUGGUCCUCUGUUGUGUGUUAUGGAGACAUCUUGUAAGGAGGUAACUGCUUUGCUGUUGACAACAAACUUGUUUUCUGUGAAAGCAAAGCAGCAGAGGCCUCUUGGGGCUCGAGGAAAUCUCUACCAUGUCUGUGGGAACUGCCACUCUGAUGCAGCCAUCAGAAACUUGUGCUGUAGUACGCUGUCAGCCAUGGUCCUUGGCUUGCAGUGCAAUUUGAGGCUUCCUCUUUUAGGAUACCAGCAGAAACUUCCCCAGAUGGCGUGACCACGCUUUUUAUGAUGUGUAAGCAAGAAGACAAGCAAACCAGCUGAACUUUGUCAGUUCCCUCUGCGUUUGCUUAAUGGAGGUCUUGUGGGUCACUUCUUGCUCAGCUACUGGAUGAUUGGUGCCUUACACAAGAUGUCAGAAAUACCAUUGAGUGCCUCCAGGAAACAGAACACAUGAGCUGAUGGCUUUACUUCUUUUAAUCAUGGGCUUUUAUAUAAUCGCUGGAAGGGUGACUGCUCUUUCCUGGAAUAGUAAAGCAGGCAGCAGCUGGCAUUGCAAUGGACUGUGCAUGAUGUUUGGGUACCCAUACAAUUUCAGAACUCUGGAAGGCUGAUGGGAAAGCUGAGCUGCUCUGCUAAAAAGGGUCAAGGCUAUGGCAGGCACUUUGAUACAAUUUUUUUUUUUUUAUGUGGACCAGCAUAUGUGAAUGGUGCUUACAGUUGUUUACAUCAGAGAGAUAAUUCCCUAUGCAUAUUUCUUCCCAGGGUUGGGAAGGAAGA